UCCGUAUUAUACUAGAGCUACACGUCUUAGUAGGUAUACUUUAGUUGAACAGUUCUUGAAAAAAGUGCCAGAAAAAAUGUUAUGUUCAAAAUUAUCGUUAUGGUUUGGUCUCACUACCACUAUGCUAAUUAUUUGUAUGCUUGCAUACAAUGUCGAAACAAAAAAAAACAAACUGCACAUGGGGAUUUUGGAAACCCGUGGUCAAUAUAUUUCUGUGAUAAAGUUGGAACGAAUCCAGUCAGUAGCUGAAGGAAGCUCAUAUGAAAUCGAUUACGAAUCCUUUCAACGACUCCAAUGCAGCUAUGCUUUAUCUUCGUUGCGUCACUUGCUGUUAACCGAAGAGUUUCUGUAUAAAUCUAAAGAGGAGUUUAUGUACAAUCCUGAUUACGACUACAAAGACAUAGUGUUUGAUUCUGAAGCUGCUUUGAUGUUAGCAACCCUUCAAAGUAUGCCCUUCCGUAGUCCCGUAUCCGAGGAAUAUCAUUGGACAUUGUUGUUUUACACGAUCAGUGUACACAGAUUAUUGGAAGCAUUCUCUAAAGAUGAGGUAAUUGAUCCGCUAAAUACUCAGUUCAUGUAUAAAGCUCAUGAAUCCAUUGUGGAUUCUCUACGGGAGUUUGUGAUUAAAAUGGAAAAGUUUCAAGACGUGCAAGAAAAACUGCAGAAAAUAGUCAUGGAGAACAUAUUCGUAGGUAAUGAACUGCCAGAACUCAUUUACAGCAAUAAAGACCUGCUAAAUAGGCAAAUUAGGUUCAACGAGGUGUAUGGCGUUUCAGGCGAUGGCAUUAGACAUAUAUCGUUUGAUAGUUUAACUAAUUUAGACAAGGUAGACAAAAUAGAAGACAUUUUUUCAGAAUAUUUUGGGGAAGGAUACUGGACAAUUGUAAAAAAAGCAUUUGAAGAUAUGUAUGAUACCGCUAAGAAUGUGGAGACAACGGUUAGUUAUCGGACUACACACAUCUGGCAUAUUAAUAACGGGAUAAUGAAAGUACUCAAACUAAUAUUAAUUAAAUUUAUCGAGAGUUAUUUGCAUUCUUCGUCAAAAGAAAAAAAUGUCGAGGAAAUCAAAACGAACGACAGAAUAAUGCACUCAAAGUUAUCGGAAUUCCGCAACUAUGUUGGCGAUGAAACCCUCUUAACCGGAAUGUUUAAUGAUCGUUAUAAUACUCCAGAUUUCUACAAUGCCGUAAAGAGAGAUAUUAACCUUAAAAAAAAUGUUUACCCUAUUUGUUCUAAAUGUACUGAUAACCUAAAUGAAAAAAUUUUCUAUUUCUAUACGCUACUUCUUGAUGAAAAUAAUAUGAAGAUGUCCUCACUAAUAGAAGAGUGGACGAAUAUAGAGUUUUUUCUCGUUGAAGUUCAAGAUUUUUUUUCUGACGUCAACAUGGUUGUUGCCAAAUCAUUUUAUGCGUAUCCCUUUUACUCCAAUUCAUUAAGAUCAUUGAAAGAAAAAGAACACCCUAAUGGGUGUAAAUCAUUUCAAAGCUGUUAACGAAAUCAUUUGUUACCAAUGUAGUUCACAUGUAUGUUAAAAAAUGUAAUAUUUUAUAUGAUGCAACUAGUUUGCAAUUUUACCAAGAAACUUGUACCUAGCUAUAAGUUAUCAAUUUAAUGAUUUUUUCACUCGUUUCGAAAUUAAUAAAGUUCAUGUCAAUUGAAUUUCACAAA